AUGUGCGUCUUGCUGAUCUGCUGGUCUCCUUUGCUGGUGCUAAUGCUAAGGAUGAUCUCCAGACAAAUCUCCUCCCACGAGUGCAACUCCACGGGUGGGGACAGGAGUGUGAACUUGGAGAGAGACUACCAGUUAGACUGUAAGUUUUUCCUGACCGCAAUCCGCCUGGCCUCCCUUAACCAGAUCCUGGAUCCAUGGGUGUAUCUGCUGCUCAGGGAGAUCCUCCUGAGGAAGGUCUGCCUCAUGGCCAAUGCUGUGUCCAACUGCUCCAUAGAGGAAAGAAAAGACACUCGCACUGCGCUGGAUGCUUUAAACAAACAGAACCAGGACAACGAGAACCUUCAAAAACCACAGUCAAGUUAA